UCCGGAAACGUUCAUUUGACAUCUUGCCUCUAUCAUUAGGCUUAGCCUAAAUCCUGACGUGGUUUUGGAUGAUUUCCUUAUUCUGCAAUAUUUUAAUUGUCAGUAAAAGGGAAACUUGGUAUUCCAGAAAAUGGAAUUUUGAGUGACAUCAGUAGUUGAGUGUUGGUGGUACAUAGUCGAGAGUGGAUUCUUCUAUAAAGCAGACAUUAACUGUCAAAACUGUUUGAUCACAAUGAUGGAUAAUCACAUCAUCUACAAUCAAACUGAUGAGCUAACACAACCACACUUUCAAAAAUAAUUAUUACCCAGUUAAUAGCUACUAGAAAGUGUAUCACUUCAGAUGGCUGCCCUGCGAGGAUCAGCAAACUAUGUGUGGGAUAUCACUCAGGUUCUGGGACAGGGAGCUACAAGCAUGGUUUAUUCUGGACGCAACAAGCGGACUGGAGAGGAAGUAGCAGUGAAGGUGUUUUCUGCUAGCAGUUACCAGCGGCCUUUUGAAGUCCAACUGCGAGAGUAUGAUGUCAUGAGAAAACUAAACAGUCAAAACAUUGUCAAGCUGUUAUCAGUGGAAGAAGAGCAAUCUCUGCAUCAGAAGGUUUUAAUUAUGGAGUUGUGUCGCCAUGGUAGUCUACACACAGUACUUGACAGUCCAGAAAAUGGUUAUGGUGUAGAAGAAGAAACUUUCUUAUGUAUUCUUAAGCAUGUUGCUAAUGGCAUGAAGCACUUGAGAGACAAUGGUAUAAUCCACCGAGAUGUGAAACCAGGAAAUAUUUUACGUAGCAUGGCAGAUGAUGGCAGCUGGGUGUAUAAACUGACCGAUUUCGGGGCAGCUCGAGAGCUGGAAGAUGAAGAAAGCUUCAUGUCUCUGUAUGGCACAGAAGAAUACCUUCAUCCAGACAUGUAUGAGAGAGCUGUUCUCCGUCGGUCUCCUGGCAAGGUGUUUGCAAGUACAGUUGAUCUGUGGAGUCUGGGUGUGACGUUUUACCAUAUUGCCACUGGUAACCUACCAUUCAGACCAUAUGGAGGCAGAAGAAACAGAGAGACAAUGCAUUUGAUCACAGCUCAAAAGGAGCCGGGUGUUAUUUCUGGGGUGCAGAGGACAGAGGGAGGGAAAAUAGAAUGGAGCAGAACGCUGCCAGAAACAUGUCAACUUUCACAAGGUUUGAGGAAUAUGCUGACACCAUUUCUUGCAAGUCUCCUUGAAAGAGAGCAGCAAAGGACGGGACCAUUUGAAAAGUUUUUUUCUGAAGCUGAGAAUAUAACAAGAAAAAUUGUGGUGGACAUAUUUUGUUCCCUGUCAGGGUCAAGUCUUAAAGUUUAUGUGGAUCCAACAGACACGCUGUCCCAGUUGCAGGAUUUAAUAGCCAUCCAGACUGACAUAGCAGCAGCGGACCAGUUACUUAUUUACCACGGAGAACUCUUCAGUCAGAUUGUUGAUCCUUUGGCUUCUGUUUCUUCUUACCCACGGGGAAUAACCUGUCACAAUCCACUGUUUGUGUUCAGUAAAACUGAUGACAGUUGUUGCUUUACAAGCAUAAGUGGUUGCAGUUUCCCCAACAUCCAGUCAUCUACAUUCCUUGACACAGACUAUAGCCUUUGUAAAAAGUCUUGUAUCGUCUUGUACUCUCUACUGAGAAAGGUAGAAAAACUCAGCUUGCGGGGCCAGCUGGUGAACCAGGCAGUGGAAAACUUCAGAAAAGAAUUGGACUUUAGGUUGAUCAAGCGAGAAAGACAUGACAGUCUGAGUCACUUUUGCCAAGCUUCGCUCCAGUGGCACCGGACGUUUAUCCACAUGCACAACCACCAAGUGCGAUGUCUGCACAUGCUGUAUAAAAAUGGACAGCUGCAUAAGCCGGUGAAAUGCUUCCUUGAUGACAUACAGGAGACACUACGCACAUCAGUGGACAGCUGUCAGGCAGCUUCACUGAAGGUGUUUUCUGAUCUCAGUAAAACAAUAGACAUACUGAAUGAGGUCACAACUGCACCACGAGAUUUACGACUGUGGGAUGAAGCACAUGGCUGUUUUGAUGAUGACAAAUAUGUUGAGCGGGUACAGGUUCUCGUUGACCAAGCCAUGCUGGUCUUUGUUUUGUUUAAGGACGACAAGGCAAAAAAAACUCUCAGCUUCAAUGAAGAUCAAAUUCAUAAGUUUGAAAAGAACCAGUUAACUGAAAUAUGUGCAAAAGCCUGUUCACUCGUGGAGAGUGCCAUCACUAAGUCCAAGGUUCAGUUUACAGAAUACAAGAGCUGGUUUUGCCGAGCACUGAAAUGUCUGAAGAGUGUUAAUCAGCUAUCAGCAGCCGUGAAAGAUUUGUCUGAACAGCAGACCAGCUUUGUAGAAGGACUGAACAGUUUCAGCAAGAGGUACGUGAAUCUAUGUGAAGAUGGCAUUAAGAGACUGGAAGACCACACAGGUGUCCUGUAUGGUUCACUCACCCAGUACGACAAUAUUCCAAUGCAAAUGAAACCCACUUCUGUGAUGAUGAAAUCUGCUGUUGAAAAUAACUCUCGAAAGGAAGUGUUAAGCAAUAUUCUGGAUGAACUGAAGACGUCUCGCACAUCAUUGGAAGAAGUAAUGCUUUUGAUGCAUGAAAAUACAACUUUGAUUAAUAGUUUCAAGAAUUUACCAGAGUCCCCCACCGACAUGUCUUGGGAACAGCCUGAUGUAACAUGAAGAAUAAACUGUCGGACAAAUAAUGGUAGUUGUACCAUGCCAGCAAUGAUCCAUAGUGUUGUUAGUACGAGGCAUAGUUGUCUGGAGCAAUAUAUUGUGCAUUAAAGGCUUGUGAAAAAUGGGAGGGGGGCUAUAUAAAAUACCUGACAAAUAUACAGGAGUCAUAUAUACAUAUUUAUAGAUUGCACAUAACAUUGUUCCAGAACUUUUAAGUUGAAGAAGCAACAUUAUUUCAUCCAUGCUGUUUAUAGCUGGUCGAGCUAACUUAGUGAUAGCCAGUACACUAGUUUCUCGUUUAUGUUAUAAAACAGAUUAAUCGAGACACUACUUUAAUGAUAAUCUUGCUUUAUCAGUGGUUUGAUUCAUCUCAAAGACAUCCUAUCUUAAAACCAAGGCACUCGUAGGUGCCAAGUGACUGCUUCAGAGUAUCAGUACUGAUGUUAAAAUACAACUCAAAUCAUACCGUGAAAAUGGGUCAUAGGCUGUAUAGCAAAUGCAGAAGACCAAUACACCACACAUACUGUGGGCACAGAUUGUCAUGCCAGUCUGUAUGGAACAUGUAGCUUCCAGUUUAUGAAAUCAGAGAGUGAAAAAACACUUUCGCAGAGAUGAACGGUGCAGACCAGACCACGCCUGUGUCUGGUGCUAAAAGUAAAAUGUGCUACUGACUGUUUGUUUCAUAUAUAAUUACAAAACUUCUGCUCUUAUAUGAUUUACUCUAUUCUGAUUGGACUGGCGUCGUGGUAGGACAUCGGUCUACAGGCUGGUAGGUACUGGGUUCGGAUCCCAGUCGAGGCAUGGGAUUUUUAAUCCAGAUACCGAUUCCAAACCCUGAGUGAGUGCUCUGCAAGGCUCAAUGGGUAGGUAUAAA